UAUGCGACGACCACAUUUCAAUUCGGCCAGCGUAUCUCGGGAGGAACUCGCGCGACCAAGAUCGGAUCGGACAGCGCCCCCGCGGGCUACCUGCUGGGCAGAUUCCUGGGUACCAGUGGCGUGGAGCUCGACUCGGUGGCUGCUGUCUGGACCAGCAUUAACAAGGUGGACUAA